AGGAGGAGCUGCUGCCGUGCUGCGGCGGGCGAAUUCUGCGAUCCAUCCACCUCUCGAGGGAUUCGAGCGGCUGAGUGUUGGUUGCGUCUUACAAGGGCCUGACAUUGAACGCGGACGAGGUUUCGAUCUCAUCGAGACGUGGGAUCUGGUUUCAUGCCUAGGGUUUAAACAUUUUUGCAUCACUUGCACGGCGAUGGCGAGGCUUCUGUGUGCAUGCUUCGAAUCCAUGGCACCAACGCGGCCUUUCUGUUGUUGAAUGGCCCGUGCAUUGUAGGCCACAUCCCGUCGCGAGCGCCGGAUGGUUAGUGGUGCCCUGUAAUUUAUCAGAUCCCGGCGAUCAACGCGUUGUAGCCCGAAAAGAAACCUUUGGUUAUAUCACCCCCCCUGGCUGAUGAAGAAGACGCUUCGCCGCCUUUGUCAGCAGUAAUUAGACAAAUCACUGGGAACCUUAAUCUCGAAGAGUUGACUCGGAGUUGGUGGAGACGUUUUGGGUUUAAGUUACACGAAAAAUUUCUAGGGUUUGAGACGGUGUGUUGUUGUGGACUUGGAAGUAUCUGGAUGAGGCAUUCAUGGCCUGGAUAUUCUUUGUUAUUUCGGAGGUUUGUGGCGGAAGAGAGGCUUGGUGAUUGUGGAACAUUAUGCGGUGAGAUUAUGCGGCGCCUGUUUCAAGGUUCGGGUUGAUGGCGAAGGAACUCAAAAAUUGCGCAGAUUGCAGGAUGUCAGGAGAUUAGGUCAUAGCCAGGGUGAAUGCGCUGGGCUGUUGCCGGGGUGACCCUAGUUGGAAGCGUUUUUCGGAACCCUUGCUGUUUCAUCUGCAAGGAUAGCACAUCCAUGCGGAAUACUUGAGAUAUUUCGUAGAGGAUUGUUUCGUGGGAGAUUCUGCUGAAUCUUUCGGUGCGGUUCUCGACUGUCUCGAGUCAGACGGUCAAGCGCCCAAGGGAAAGAAUUGAACAACAUAGCUUCUGAAAUGGACGAAGAUGCAGUUGUUUUGACUCAAAAUGACGACAAAGUGGUCGACACUGUCGAGGAUCGACUUGAAGGUCUUAAUUUCUCAAAUAAUGAUCCUGGCGAGGAUCAAGAGGAGGGAGAACUUUCAGAGAAAGAAGACAUGAAUGAAGAAAUAAAAGCUGCAGAACCGGAUAUUGAGGAGGAUGUAGGAGUGAACGUCGAAGUUGCGUCGAAGAGAAUAAAGCAUAAUUUGGACGAUCUUUCUGGUCGAGCAACCAUGGGGUUACGGGGUAAAGAUGAUUAUAGCCAACGGAGUGGCACGGAAAAUUUAGGAAAAGAUAAUGAAGACAACCUCUGGUUAAGAGAUAAGAUGACAUUUAGGUCAGCUGCAACUAGCUACGCACCCAAUUUGUAUAAUUUUGCAUGGGCUCAAGCCGUGCAAGGAAAUCAGGGCUUCAAGCUUGUCGAGAAACAGGACGGAGAUGAAGAGGCAGAUGCACUGCCAGACAAUGGAGCAAGUUUUGAUGGGGAUGAUGAAAUGGAGGAUGGACUUCCAGAGUCACUGGCCGAUAUGACUCUGAAGAUCCCGGAAGGCUAUGAUAUGAGACAAGUGUUGUAUGAUAGAAGGCUGAUGACGAACGCCUCGUGGAAUUCUAGGCUCGGUGAUACUCGCAGAGAAAAAACUUGGAUUGAUUCUGAGGAUGGCAUGGAUUCUCGACGCAGAUUCGAUAGAGAUGAACGAGGAGGCAGUCGCAGUGGUGGAGGGGGAAGAAGAGAAAUGAGAUCGCCAUCACGACGACGAGACAGUAGAUCUGAGAGGGAGAGGGGGGGUGUGAAAAGCAGAUUGUCUGAAUUCGAACGACAAAGGGCUAGGGACAGGGAGAGAGAAAGGGAGAACGGGAGAGAAAGAGGAGAGAGAAAUGAUAACAUUCUUCGUCCAACUUCCAGCGAUGAAUCAGACUAUUCUCGCCGUAAUGCUCCUUCAGGUGCCAUUGGAAGGCAAUCACAAAGUAACGACAAUAUUGUUGAUGUCCGAGAAGAGGGAGAGAUCGAAGAAGGCGAAAUUGAGCUUCCAACCGAUAACUUGAGGUCAAGGUCAUCCUCACGAGAAAAAUCCCAGGAUCCUCGGGCAGAGAGCCUUAUCGAAGACGGAAUAUCCAAUGGCAACCUCAGGAAGUCACUUUCUUCUCGACUAAGUUUCAGAAAUUCUUCUUCUUCUCAUCCUCGGUCUUUGUCAAGAGAAUCUAGCUUUCGACGUCUUCAAGACGGUGAUUUACGCCACCGCCUUACAAAAGAUGUCGAACGAGAAAAACCAAGACAGGACGUUCUGUUGCGAGAGGACCGGCGAGAGCAAAUUGCGCAUCUCACAGCAGUGAUGAAGAGCGUGACUGUUAAGGAUGCCCAAAAGGCCUUCAUCAACACAUGUCUUCGACUUGACAAUGCGGUGAAAAUACUUCAAGCAUUUGCAAUGCAGAGAAUACCUUCAAGUGGGUUACCUGCGGAUGACAUACCUCGUGAUCUUUCUAAGAUGGCGACGAAGGUGUUUCAAGGACUAAGGGCUGUGUAUGCUGUUUGGAACACAGCUAAUGGAAGAGAACAAGAGCGCGAUAGAGACACUUUUCCGAGGUUGUUGCAGUUUGUCACUGAAUCCUGCCUGACAUAUUUCUCACCCAAACAAGCGCGAGAGCUUGAGGUUUUCAUGGAUCAUGUUACGAAAACGGCUCGAAAAAUAAGAAUGGAAGGAAGUUUAUGGCAUGCGCAAGCAGUGAUGAAAUCAGCAGAAGCUAUGCAGGAACCUGGAGUUCGAGAAAGAGAGUUUGUAAAUGCUUCGGUGUCAAACUCUAAAAUGGCACCUAGUGGUGCAAGCACUCUUGAGGGUAAUUCAGAACAUAAUGCAGACUCUAAAGAUGCUAUUGCUGAAGCGACUAUUGCUGCUGCUGCCUUGGCAUACGCCCAAAGCUCAGCAGCUGCCCUCGCCAACUUCACACACGGCAGCACUUAUAAUCAGUCCAUGAAAGACCAUCCCAUCAUUGGAAUGGAUCAUUGGGCUUGGAACGGGUCAAAUGGGCCCUUUGAGCGUUCUAUGUCACCUGGACUGCCGCCAGGUUAUUCAGGUGUCAGCCAUGCUGGAAGGUCCUUGGUGGCUCAUGGAGCUGUAGCACAUAUAAACAGCAGUACUAAUUCUCACGGAGUUGCCGCGAGACCUCCUAACACCUCAGCUAAUGGAUGGAUUAGCGCUAACAAGAAGUUGGCGUAUGAUGCGAAGUCUCCUUAUGGGCCUGGUUUCCUAGAGGAGGAUUGGGAGGAGUUGAGUCCUCCUUCACAAGCUCCUGCUUACGAGUUUACUACCCGAAAAGUUGUAAAAUUAGAUGAAAGAGGGUUUUCAAUCUCAAGCUCUGAAACCAUCAAUACAUUUGCGCCACCAAGCAAAAUGGGCAAUCUACCUGUAUCCGUCAACUUUCGUUUGGCAAGCCCUACUCCUUCGGAUGGCGACGAUGAUCAUGAAAAUCAAAACACAGCUUCAGCUGGUGUAAAUGGUCAAUUGGGGCAUAAACCCCUUCACUCGCUCCCAAAACCAUCAAGCUCAAUGCCUCCAGUUACUUCACCUUUUUACAAGACUUCGAAUACUCAUGUUGAUGACACAGGACGCGUGCAUUAUGCAUCAGCUCCAAUGGUCUCUCCUGCCUCUGUCGACCAAGAAUUAUCGUUGAACUUCGAGCAACCAAAGAACCAACCAGUCUCUGGUCCAGUUUUGUCGUCCCUACGGAGUCGGGACCCCCGCAAACAGCUACAAAAUGGCUACCUGGAGGCGGAAGGAUCUCUGCAUCAGUCAACUGCCCAAAUUAAGUACCAAUGGCCGUCAGCAUUACAAACUAUGGACAAGAAACGAGAAGGAGAAACUUACGCUAAUAUGACAGAACCAUCUAAACGGCUCAAGCUUUUAGGUUCCAGCAAUGGGAUGCAGAAUGCAAAUUUAUUUGCCAGUACGUCUGCCAUCGGUGGUUGGUUGGAUGAGGGCGCUGUUGUAUCGGCUGGUCACGAAAAUCAUGGUGCACAAUCUAUGGAUAUUGACUUUGAUAGCCCCACUCCUUCAGAGAGGAAACACUGUUUGAAAGACGAGUUCCCAGGAAUGAAUUCGAAUAUAUCCGAGGUCUCGAGUGCCAGUGGAUCAUUUGAAAUGUUAGUCUCAGGUACUGCAGCGAGUACACGGGAUAAACCCCCUUCGGAUCCUUUCACCAGUAACUCCACCAAUCCAGAGGAUCAGACUGGAGAAGAGCAGGAUGUUGGCAGACACCGAAUGAGGCCUCGAGAUCCACGCCGCAUUUUGCUGGAAAAUGCUGUAGAAACUGCGCAAGUUAAUCCCAUGAAUGUUCCAGUUAACGACGCCGCAGGUUCUGAAAUGACCCUCCAAUACACAAAUCGAAGCCCAGAAGUUGCUGACGUUUCACCUAAUUUGAAUAAUCAGCCAUCAACGAACACCUUGGGAAAUCCACCCAACCAGAGAGACCCCCGCUUAAACCCUUACGAAAGUAGCCAGUCAGACAGUGCCGUUGUAUCUAUACAAUUGUCUACUGAACACAAAACAACAGAAUGGAAAACUCUUGAUGAGAGAAUUAAGGAAAGUGAAAGAGAUUCUAAUAGGAACCAAGGAUCUGAAGUUUCCUCUGGAGAGUCCACUGGAGACAAGGGAGAUCACUUACAUCCUUGGGACCCUCUGUUGCGGAAGCCUCGGUUUGGACCUAGCCAUUGGGGUGGUAACGAUAUGCAUCGUGACUUUGAGCAACUACUGGAAGACUUAGAUGAAAAGCAGCGCAUAGCUAUCCAAAAUGAGAGGAAACGACGUCUGCAAGAACAAGAUCGGAUGUUCAUUGCAGGGAAGCUUUGUCUCGUUCUUGAUCUUGAUCACACUUUACUUAACUCCGCCAAGUUUUCAGAGAUUGAACCAGAGUGGGAAGCACGCCUACGACAAGCUGAAAAUAUGGAACGGAGCAGGGCCUUGAAAGAUCCAAGCAUGAAACAGGAGUUAUACCGAUUUCCGCAUAUGAGCAUGUGGACGAAGUUGCGCCCUGGAAUAUGGAAGUUUCUUGCAAAGGCAAGCGAAUUAUACGAGUUGCACGUGUAUACAAUGGGCAACAAAGCCUACGCGACUGAAAUGGCCAAAUUGUUGGAUCCUACGGGAACAUUAUUUGCUGGACGAGUUAUCUCGAAAGGUGAUGAAGUUGACGGUUCGGACAAAAGCAAGGAUCUAGAUGGUGUUCUGGGCAUGGAGUCUGCAGUGGUUAUCAUUGACGAUUCAUCUCGAGUGUGGCCACACCAUCGGGAGAAUCUCAUUGUCGUUGAGCGAUACAUGUACUUUCCAAGCAGUAGACGACAAUUUGGGCUCCUUGGUCCAUCACUUUUAGAAGUGGGUCACGACGAAAGAGCAGCAGAUGGCAUGCUGUCAUCAGCUUCGGGGGUCAUAGAUCGAAUUCAUAAGAACUUUUUCAGUAAUAAAAGACUACGAGAAGUGGAUGUUCGGGCUAUCCUUGCUGCUGAGCAGCGAAGGGUGCUCGAUGGAUGUCGUGUGCUAUUUAGUCGCAUCUUUCCUGUCGGAGAAGCAAAUCCACACCUUCAUCCGCUUUGGAGGCUGGCUGAGCAGUUUGGAGCGAGUUGUUGUCUCCACAUCAAUGACAAGGUCACUCAUGUAGUUGCCAUUUCACUUGGCACUGAUAAGGUGAAUUGGGCAGCUGCAACUGGAAGACCUGUUGUUAGACCUGCAUGGCUGGAAGCUUCGGCAAUACUGUAUCGACGUGCAAAUGAGCAGGAUUUUCCAGUCCUUCCUUAGGGCAUGAAUUUACUUACCUUUGGUACUUACCCCACUUACCUCGCAAACCAGGCCCCCAUGUCCUUUGUUGCGACCCCUUCAUGCAACUCCUGAUAAUCCCAUCCUUUUGUAUACCAUAUGCCCUAUUCGUGCGGCUGCAUCAACUGCGGUUCGCGCAAGGUAAAGUAUCUUCCAAAUAACUGAGCAGGUUCUCCUUCGUAAGGAAUGGAUGUCCUUUAGCUUCUCUUCAGGGUACGUUGUACAGUCUGACGAAGAGUAGGGAUAGAGCUUCUCUGAUUAGGUGACUAGUCACAUGCCUGGAGUCGUAUAUAAGAACUGCGCUACAGCAGUAACUCAGCCCGACCAUACCGCAUCCCAUUAUUUCACUUUCCUUGGCCUUAAAACAUUUUCCCCAAAGUCUCGGGAAAUCCCAAUUCCAUGUUACCAAUUUGGCGAAGCCCUUGUGUUCGGAAGGUAUUCUGCACUGACAGCUGCAUUGAAACUAUCACAAGCUUGGCCUCGCGCAAGUUCUGCAACUGUCCUGAAUGGCCUUGACUUUCCUCUUUCCUACCCUGUACACACCUUGAUCACUUCACAAAACUAACAACACGCCGCAGAAUUCAAUCUCAA